CUUCAUAUGUUAUUGAUUGAUUUAUUUAAACAUUCGUGAGAAAACUAUAGAUACAUUUCCUCUUACAAUCUCUAGUAAACCAAGUCAUCGCACUCGAUUAAAACAAAAAUAAUUUUUUAACGUACCUAAACCUAUGGGAAGAAAAUUCAAAAUUCGCGCUCUCAGCAACCGGCAUAUGUCAGAGCCCGCCACAGAUGUCAGCAGCGUCCAAGCGGCACAUCGCAUGCAGCAGCGCACAUAUCUAGCCCUCUAGUAGACCGGCAGUAGUCUCCCCCUUCCCGGCAAUCACGCAUCUCCGUCCAACCAACGCAGGCCGGCGGCCGUUACGGCCAGGCCCAUAAAUCAGCAACAAGGACGCAGAUACUCUCUCCUAUAGUCUCCUGACUCCCCUCCCCCCUUGCCGCCAGCUAUUUUACUUCGCAGAGCCGCGUCCAGAGGUCGGCUCUGUUGAGGCGCACGCACCGCGCACACGUAUCGUGGCGACUCGCCGACUCGGUGCCGCGGUGCGUAUAGUCAGUUCUCGCACUAGCAGGACGGCGACUAGACGUGGCCGUGGAGCGAACGACGGCGUAGUCUCGCCUGGACGACGGGAGAGCAGAGUCGUCGGCAAUCGGCAUCCUCUCGUCGCCAACCCCCCGGAUGAACUCGCAUAUUCUGUGAAAAGGAAAGACGCGCGUGUAGUCGGUAGAUAAUUAGAUAUAUACAGUGCGCGAGCGAGAGAGAAGAGAAGAGCUGCCGCGGCUGCAGUGUACAGUCGUCCAGUAGAGGGCCGGACGCAGUCGAGCGUGUAUGUGCUUGUAUAUAUAUUCGUAUAUAGCACAGUGUUGUACAGCACGCAAGGGAGAGAGAGAGAGAGAGAUAGAGCAACAUGACCGGCUGGCUGGUUCUUUAGUGCGCGCGCGAUCACGGCUGAGCCGCGACCAGGUGCUGCUGUUGCUCUGCUCUUCCUCUCGACGACCGGAGAGAGAGGGAAAUAGUGUCCCCAACGGCCAUCGCCUCUGUGUACUUGAUCGCAGGACGAGCGUCGCCGCCGCGGCCGCCGACGCCGCGUCUUCUCGGCGAGCGACAGAGAUAGAGAAGGACGCGGAAGUGCAUCGGAAGCGCGCGUGUGGUAGUAUCACAUAUACACGUAGUGCGCGACGACGAGUGCGUGCGGAUCGUCCAGCACGUACGUAAGUACGCCGAGCCUGUGUCCGUGUGUGCGUACGGCUGCAGAACGAAGAGAGCCAGCGAGCGCGCAAGGGAGGGAGAGAGAAUAUAGCCAACACAUAAUGAAAAUGGCGGUGUGACUGCGCGCCGAGCGGAGCGACUCUACUACUACACUACUACUGCUGCUAGUAGUCGCCGCUGCCGCUAGCCGCCGCCGUGUCAGCGGACCGACCGAAGCAAUAGCUGUCGAGUGUGUUGCGUGAGGAUGCGACUUGGUGCGUUGAGCGGAGCAACGGCGCCGGGGACACGUGUGUGGAGUUGCUGCUGCACUGCUGCUAUUACUGCUGAGGGGACGACGCGCGAACGAGGCCGCCCUGUCGUGGACCAUUGCCAGAAGCUGCGUUGCACGUAGCCAAUAACUGGACUGGCAUCACAGGCAACUUGUGAAAAUAUUUUCUACCGCAGUAGCGAGUGAUUUUGUAUGCUCCAUAACCUGUUAGAGACUGUUGAUAAUCAAAAGGCAACGCAAUGCCAGACAGUGCUUUUAGAGAAGAGCAAGUCAACUGGUUGCGCUGAAAGAAUCUUGACUUUCGAAGAAGGAGAAAUAUUAAAUUGUGUACUGUGUACAUGUGAAAAAACGAAAACCGCCGAUUAUUCUUCAUGCCGAUGCCGGCCGAAUAUCACGAGAAUCACGGUAACCACGAGAACGCCAAUUACGCUCUCGGGGCCUUUCAAGACGCCAACAACAUGACGGCCAACAUGUAUCGAGUGGGAGACUAUGUCUAUUUUGAGACAUCAUCGACGUCCCCGUACCAGAUACGAAGGAUAGAGGAGCUGAACAAGACGGCCAGCGGAAAUGUGGAAGCCAAGGUGAUGUGCUUCUUCAGGCGGAGGGACUUACCUUCGACCCUGAUUAUGCUCGCCGACAAGCACCAAUUGGCGAGCGCGGCCGAGCAGCAGCGUUCGGACUCGCCGGGUCAGAAGCUACUGGAGAAUCCCGAGAGCUGUGGUGGUGGUGCUAAGGAUAUGAGCUCCGCAGCCAAAGUGCCGAUGAGCAAAGGCGGAAAAGGCGGAUGGCUCAAGGCACCUCUUUCCGAGGCCCACGAGCCCCACGGGAUGGAGGAAGGCACGGGCACAGGGACAGGCGGCGGCGGGGGCAACACAGGCAGUGGCGGCGGUGGCGUCGACAGACCUAACGCGAACCUCGGCCCGGGCAUCGGCGGCCUCAGCGAAUUAACGCCGAAGCAACGCCAUCAGAUGAAACACCGCGAGCUCUUCCUGUCGCGGCAAGUCGAGACGAUGCCAGCCACCCACAUACGCGGCAAGUGCUGCGUCACUCUGCUCAACGAGACCGAGUCCCUGCUCAGCUAUCUCAACAAGGAGGACUCCUUCUUCUACUGCCUCGUCUUCGAUCCGGCGCAGCGCACUCUUCUCGCCGACAAAGGUGAGAUCAGAGUGGGCAGCAGAUACCAAGCGGACAACAUAGCGCCGGCGCCGCUGACGCCGGCGGAACGCGAGGCGGACCCCCGUCGGCUGCAAGACCUGGAGACGCUCGUCUGGACGCCGCGACACUCGAUCACCGACAGGGAGAUCGACCAGUUUCUCGUGAUAUGCCGCUCGGUCGGCACCUUCGCCCGAGCCCUCGACUGUUCCUCCUCUGUCAAGCAGCCCUCGCUCCACAUGUCCGCCGCUGCCGCCUCCAGAGACAUCACCCUCUUCCACGCCAUGGACAACCUGCACCGAUACAACUACGACAUGUCGAAAGCCAUGUCCUGCCUCGUGCCCAACUCCGGACCCAUGCUCUGCAGAGACGAGAUGGAGGAGUGGAGCGCCUCCGAGGCGAACCUCUUCGAGGAGGCUCUUGAAAAGUACGGAAAGGACUUCUCCGACAUCCGCGCGGAUUUCCUCCCGUGGAAGACCCUGAAGAACGUGAUCGAGUACUACUACAUGUGGAAGACGACGGACCGCUACGUGCAGCAGAAGCGCGUCAAAGCCGUGGAGGCCGAGAACAAGCUCAAGCAGGUUUACAUACCCAACUACAAGAACCAGAGCGGCCCCGGCACCGGUGGCGCGUCUAUUAUGGCCGGCGGGGCGAGCAUCAUCCCCAUCGGCAACGCCAACAGCAAUGUGAGCAGCAACGGCAAGGCCGCGGUCAGCAUACUCAACGGAAGCAGCAACGGAAAUAUCGCCGAUGCGGCGAUGCUCAUGGUCGCAGGGAACGGCAAGCCCUGCGAGAGCUGCCAAUCGAGCCAGAGCCCGCAGUGGUACGCGUGGGGAUCGACCCACUUGCAGUGCCGACUUUGCCAGGCCUGCUGGUCAUACUGGAAGAAGUACGGAGGACUCAAGAUCCCAACUCGAAUGGACGACGUCGACGCUGAUCGCAAGCGCAGCGGAACUGGUUCCGACGAGGAGGGCAAGGGCAUCGGCGGCACUCACAGACCACAUCGCUGCAGCAUCCCCUCGUGCGGCAAGGAGUUCAAACUCAAGGCUCAUUUGAGUCGCCACUAUGCCAGCGCCCACGGAGUUGAUCUUCGUGGUAAUCCCGGACCAGGCGGUGUAGCCGCUGGCAUCGGAGUCGGCGUUGGCCUUGCAGCUGGCGGCGGAGGAUCGCCGCGACCCGUGAUGAAGACGCGCUCGGCGUUUUACCUACGCACUUCGGCGCUAGCUCGCGCUGCCCGCCGACUCUGCGCCGCUCAGCUGCGUACCCGACACGCAGCUCGAGCACCCCACCAACCCGUAAACGCGGCACCACUCCGCCACCUCUGCGCCUCGCCGCAGCUAGCAAGUAAAACUCCCGCGGAGCUGCGCGUCCUGGCGCGCGCCCUCAGACCCCGUGCUCGACCUCGUGUCACCGACAUCGCUACACGUCUCGGUGACCAUCCUCAGCCUAAGACACCCGGCGACUGGGACUGGCUCCAGCUCACCGCGCCUGGACAGCGCAAACAGCCGGAUCGCGUGUCGUUCCCUCGCCCACCCAAGGCACCUGAUGGUAGCCUCCUCUAUGAGAGAAUCCCCAACAAGCCUGAAGUUGAUCGGCUUCCCGUCACACCUCCAGUUCAACCCGCAUUACAGACGCAACAAAAUCUGUUGAAACGCCCAAGGCCUGCUUUCGAUGAAAUUAACGGCGCAGACUGUAUACCACUGAAUUCGCUGUCGAGUGGCCAACCGCUGCCGAAGAGGGCCAAUCAUGGUCAACCAAUGCACCUGAACGCUCGCACCCCGAUGGAUCACGCUUCUGGUGCCGUAGUUGCGGGCGCGAGCCCUGCGACGGCAGCGGGUGUGCUACCGCCUUUGGUCACGCCACUCAACGGACGUGCAGCUCAUCCACAUGGGCUACCGCCUCAGGCCCAGAUGUCGCGCAGCAACGCGCGAAAGCAAGUCAUGUCCUGGAUGGACGCACCGGAUGACGUCUACUUCCGCCCCACAGAGCAGAUUAAGAGACUUAGAAGAAGCUUAACCUCGGUAGAGGUGCGACGAGCGGCUCGCAAACCUUGGCGCCUGCUGAGUGUGCCCCAACGAGUAGCGCGACCUGACGACAUGGUAGUCAUCCUCGACUGAACGCGGCGCGAUCCCCCUUGUCCGGAGAUCCUCGCUGUACAAUAGCAUCAAGCUAAGUAAUGAAGCAGGACUAGCCAGUAUAUGAGCGUUGAAAGCAUAAAAGACAUCAACAAUUAAUGAAGAUCCGUCAAUCUAUUCGAGAGCCAAGCUUUUUGCGCAAGCUUUUACGGCAACACGGAAGAUGGGUAUCGGACAUGAACAAAUGAAGAUGCGAGCAAUAGUGCAGCAUUAUGUGAAGACACAAGGAGAAUAAGAAGAUGAUGAUGAAGAUGGAAAUUAAACAAAAUAAAAAUGAUGAAUAAUGACGAUUAACUCUGGAGAAAUAAGUGUCGAUUCCUCAAUUUUAAAACGAAACCGAGUCAUUCGCCGUGCAUCAUGAUUUUCUAUUCGUAUCAAUUAUAUAUUAUUGUUAUUAAUAAUAAUAAUUAUUAUUAAUUAAAUGUACAUAUGCAUACGAGCGCCACACACAAGCAUACACACAGCCGCGGGCACACGUACAUACAGAAAAAGAAUGAAAAUGAAAAAAAUAACAACGGGGCUGGGUAUUCUACUUGAAGUGGUUCACACAGGAGUUUGAUAUGUUUUCUUUAUCCUCGUCUCUACUUUCUCUUCAAUCAUUAUUGUAUAUUACGAAAUAAUACUUAAGCGUCAUUCAAUUUUGUUAAAAAAAAUCAACUGAGUAUGUUUAUUUACUUUAUGUAUGUUUAGAAGGUUGGUUCAUUGACAGAUGAACAAAUCGAGUUAGUGUAGUAUUUUGUUUAAGUAUUUAUGAACGUGUAAGCGUAUACCUCUUACUUUAUACAAAAAAAAGAUUUUAAAAAAAUUGAAAAAAAAAUUUAUAUUCUUUAAAAAUCUCGACAAUAUGUAGUUCUCCUGUAACUGUUUUGAGUAAGUGCCUGGUUCUGUACAUAAUGAUAUACAUACAUGCAUACAUAGUGAAAGAAAGAUAUGAGAAACAUUGACAAGGAAAAACGUUAGUGUUGUAAGAGCGUACGCAAGGAUGAUUCGCAAUGAUGUGUCCGAGCUGCGAUGAGGUGCGACGUUCAAAAAAAAGAAACUCAAAGAAAUUGUCGAAUGAAUUGUAUUAAUGCCAAGCUCGCCGAUCCGUGUUUACACUAGACGAAUGCGCGCGACUACGGUAAAGCGAAGAUUGUGCGAAAGAGCGCGAGAGAGCAAAUGAGUGAAAGAAUGCUCACUGUGAAUAUUUUUAUUAAAUUUUCAAGUUUGAUGACUUCCGUCGCAACAAUUAAUAAAUAAACUAAGUAUAAAUGGGAA